AUGACGGAAAUUACGUGGAUACCAGAGCCAACGAAACAACUUACGUCGCAGGCUAUUGAUGUAGACCAAGCCAUCGUUGAACAGUUACCGCCGGGAUGCAAAGUGAUGGGAGCAAAAUCACACGGCGCUAGCUUCUGGACACGCACUGCGCGUAUCGAUGUUCAACUAGCCGAUGGAACCCCCAAGAAGUAUUUCCUGAAGGUCUCCAGUGGGGAAUUAGGCAUGAGUAUGCUAAGAGGAGAAUACUAUGGCGUCAAAACCUUGCAUGAGUACACUCCAGGAAUCCCACGUGCCAUUGCUUGGGGCACAUACGUAUCUGAUCCAAGCAAGCACUUCUAUCUCGCUGAAUUUAUGGAGAUGAUCGAAGAUCUCCCGGACAUUCGUAAAUUCUCUGCCAUGCUUGCUAAACUCCAUCACGACAGCAUGGUGGACCCGAAAGCUCCGACGAAGUUCGGUUACCAUGUCAUGACCCACGAAGGAAGUAUGUAUCAGGAUCUGACAUGGAGUGAGACAUGGGAGGAGCUCUACAGCCGCCGCUUCCAGUCCUUUGUCGACCAGGAGUUGGUAUCGCAGGGCCCAAGUGAAGAGAUUGAAAGACUGGUACUUGGUCUCAAAGAGAAGGUCAUUCCUCGCCUUCUUCGACCCCUGAACACUCAUGGUCGAAGUCUCAAACCCGUUGCACUCCAUGGCAACAUUUGGUGCGGUAACAUGGGUACCAAUGCAGCUACCGGUGACCCAGUAUACUUUGACCCAUCUGUAUUUUGGGGUCAUAAUGAAUACGAUGUCGGUAGUAUGGCCACCCCGCGCUACAAGCUCGGCCGGCAGUGGAUGCGAGAAUAUCACAAGUUCUUUCCGAUAACAGAACCCGAAGAUGACUACGAGGAUCGCAACCUUCUUUAUGCUAUGUAA